GUAAUAGUCCAAAUAUAACCAAUUUAAAAGAUAUCCAUUUGUAAAAUUAAUUUCUCGACUUCAGGUAUCCAAGGACAAUUUCCAGAAAUCCCAGCAAUGGGUUCAUUCCAAUGGAAUUCCCACCCUAUCGGAUCGACGAAGGCAGGACACCGUGGAGAUGAUAGAAUUGUAUCCCCCAAAGAUGGCACAAAACCUAAGCCCUGGUUGGCUUCAGUACGACAAACGGGUUUUAUGUUUCGAUGGGUAUUUCCGGGAAAAUGUCGAGGAUCUUUCCGGAUAUCAAAUUCGAAGUGUUAGAAUCUCCUUUUUCCUAGAAGAUGGAACAGUUCAAGUGAUUGAACCUAAGAAAUUCGAUUCUGGUAUCCCGCAGGGUUGUAUCGUAAAGCGACAGAAGGUUCCAGCAGGGGAUUUGUUUGAACGGAAAUUCCUAUCGGUUUUGGAUUUUAACGUGGCAAAACCUGUUAUGAUUUUCAAUCGGGAAUAUCACAUAACUGAUUGUGAUGAAUUUACUCGGAGUUUUCUAAACCAAUUGGGUAUUGCAGUUCCAACAGGUUCUAAGACCCCUACAGACCCUGUUACCGAACUUCGAAGAAGACAAACCACUGUACCAGUUCGCAAUCCUUGUCCUAAAGCUAGAAAACUUGCUCAGUUCCUUCAGAACGAUAGAAAAGUACUAAGAUUUACUGCAUUUUGGGAUAAUACGGAAAUAGAUUUUGGCUACGUUAGGGAUCUUACUGUCUUAUUCUAUCUCUCUGACAAUACCGUAGAAAUCAUUGAGAAUCUACCGUGUAAUACCGGACGAGAGGAAACUACGCAAUUUCUAAAACGAAUGAAACUUCCAAAGAAUUUUUCAUCCAUCACUGAUAUGGCUUUUCAAUCAGCAAAUACGGUUUUGAACGUUUUUGGCGGAGGCCUAUCCGAUGGCCGUUUUAUUCUAGAUUCAAAAGCUUUCCAUGACAAAGAUGUUUACUAUACGGAAAAGGAUCUUAUGAUCGGGAACGCUUUGAACGUAUUCGGACGGAAUGUUAUCCUUACAGAUUGCGAUCAAUUUACCAAAAACUUUUACAAGGAAAAGUAUGGUCUCGAAGGGCUAACCCCAAUCGAAAAACCAAUUGAUUCAAAUCUAAUAAGAUCAGAAACACUCAGAGAAAAGGAACUGCCACCAUUCAAUGGAUGGGGAACACAUCUGGAUUCAGAAGAAAACUGCAAGGCAUUAGAAUUGAAACCACCUCGUGAAAAUGCCAAGAAAUUUCUCACCAAUGAGAAUCAAAUAUUGCGAUUUGGAGCUAAAAUGAUUUCAAGAAUCAAAGAAAAUUCAGAAAGAAUUUUCACAAUUAACUAUUACCUUUCCGACGAAACAAUUUCCGUCUAUGAAACACCAAUAAGAAAUUUUGGUUUCAUUGGUGGACAAUUUCUGCAUCGAAGACAAUUUUUCCUGCCAAAUCAAAAUCUAAGAUCUUCAGCUCGUCCUCGAAUUUACACUCCACAACAUUUCUACAUUGGCAGCCGAGUUAAAUUGUCCGAUCACAUCUUUGAAGUCGUAUCGGCAGAUUGCCAUGUCUUUGACUACAUGGAAAAGCAUCAAAAUGUGUUUCCCUUUUCCAACAUCCAAACAAUUAUGGCUAAAAUCCGUGAGGCCAUUAGACCUCACUACAAAACCUUCAUUGCAAAAUACAUUCCAAAACUUACAUUGCAUCCUAAUGGCGUAUUAACGGCUACUUUUGAAAUGAUGAAGGAUAUGCUCAUAGAUUUACUCAAAGAAACAACAAAUACCCAUGAGAUCAUAACGAUUUGCAGAUAUUUUCAAAUUGAUAAUGCAGAGUCGAAUAAGGACAAAGGAAGUGUCAUUGAUUGGAACAAGUUCAUUGAUUAUAUUGGCUUGGAAGUUGAUUUGCAACAAGAUACUAACUAA